GAGCUUGCGGAUGUGACCUUUGAGGAAUUUCAGAGAGCACGGUCUGAUGGGUCGGAUGCAGUGUAUAGGAAGCUUAAUUCGGAAGGGAAAAAUAGCCGAGCGAACAAGAACAGGCCAAUGGAGAUGAGUAGCAAGAAGCCAGUGAGCAGAUUUGGGGAAAUUCUCCUAGUUCCUGAAAAAGCCACGCGUGACCCUCGCUUUGAGUCUUUAACUGGCCAGCUCGAUGUAGAACGGUUCAAAAAGAGAUACAAUUUUCUUUACGAGGAUAAUCUUCCAGCAGAAAAAGAGGAGCUGAAGAAACAGAUGAGGCAAUCAAAUGAUGCAGAAGAGAUAAGUGAACUGAAAAGUCGUAUUUCUUGGAUUGACAAACAAUUGAAAUCAGCCGGAACGAAGCACACUGAGAAAGAAAUUCUGCAAGAGCACAAGAAGAAAGAGAGAGAGGCUGCUAAGCAAGGGAAACAACCUUAUUACCUCAAAAAUUCUGAAAUUCAGAAGCGCAAACUUAUUGAGAAAUACAAGGAACUCAAAGCAUCUGGCAAACUGGAAGCAUAUAUUGAGAAGAAAAGGCGCAAGAAUGCUUCGAAAGACCACAGAUUCUUCCCAUAUCGGCGUCCCGGCGAGCAAGAAAACUAGUGAAAUAACAGUGUCUAGUUCAGAGUAAGGGAGAGAGGAUGGGAGAGAGGGUAAUCCCUUUUGUGCACAGUUAGCUCAAAGACACUGCAAGUCUAUCAAUAAGUAAAUCAGGGAUGAAAGUGAGUUCACUGCUUGAGUAGAUUGAUCUUGGGCUGGGCUCCCAAAAUUUGAUGUUACGCUAUUGCAAUGCAAUACACACAAUUUACUUUUACUCUGAUGGGGGUGGGCCUUUGUCCAAUUACUAAAGAUGGCUGAGAGUGAAUAAGUUUUAAGUAUUACUAUUUGAUAACCAAUGAUAAAUAACCUGCUGUUCCAAGUUGAACUAUAUUGAAAUGUACAAGAAUUUUUGAACUCUUAUGUAACUUAAAUCCUUUAUUAAAUCAUAGAGGACCUACAUUAGCUUCUGA